AUGGUGUAUCAAUCUAACAACCUCUUCAGAUCGACCGUUGAUUCGCAUCAAACGCAAGGGCGACCAUUCGCUACCUGCACCGUCUGUCAAUCAACCCCGUGCACAGCACCAAGUGAGCACGCUCGCGCAAAGCGCGAAGCAGAGCUCAAAACUCCCUCAAAAGUAACGCAAACACAACAUACCCAGCUCCCAACCCAUGAAAGGGAGCUGGGAAGUCAUGAGAAUAACACACAUCUUGACGCCCUCGGCCUGGGCAUUCUGGGCAAGCAACGAGGACCAUCGAGAUGCGCGAUCGGCAAGAAAGCAGCGCACGGCAGACUCUAUCCCCGCCACCACAACCCUCACGGUUUCCUCCCCAUUGCGCCUCGACCGAGCGGCAAAGACGCACAAGGCGCAUCCUCGCGGAAUAGCGCCGGCGCGCAGUCCUCGCAGUCCUCGGCUCGCAUCUCUCGCUCCGGGUCGACGAGUGCCUCAGCCUCCGAGUCACAUACCCCCGUUUAUCCCGAGCCAUCUUCGCGUCGUGGCUCAGCGUUGACGGCAGACUGGUCGGGAUCAGAGGAGUCGGGGCCUGAAUCGAGUCUUCGGACGCAGUCUACCACAUUUCUGGCGCGGAAUUUAUCCACGCCCCAGGAUAACACUAUACAAUCGUUUGCUCGCUCAGCGCCAGAGGAUUUCGCUCUGGACCCGCUACUAGUUGAGCAUACGUUUGAUCCCAUGUAUAGCCUUCUUCCCUCAACGAUAUCGGGGGCUCAAAUGGCCCAAACUGUGCCGAUGAUAAGUCCUCUGGAGGGCAGCAAUCCAUUUGAUACCCCUUGGAUCCUUCGCUGA